GUCUGGGUACACAUGCUGACAGCAAGAAGACCAGAGCAAUUCCUAUAUGAGCAUAUAUAAUAUCCCACAACAAAUAUCUGGGAUGAAGAGCUCCGCACGUACUCAGAAUGCACAGAACAAACAGGGGAGCCAUGGGACUGAGAGAGCAAAAGCCAUUCCCACCAUUGCCUUUGGGAUGAGGACCUCCAGGUCCACUAAUUCACUUGCUUUUGAGUCUCGGCUAAGCAAGUUAAAAAGAGCAAGCAGUGAUGACAUGCUCACAAAGCCAGGGGGCAGUGCAGCUCUCACCACCUCCAGACUGAAGAAGACCAUUACUACAGGAGCUAUCUCAGAGAUGUCAGAGAGCAAGUUCAGGAGCUGCACAGGAACCCUGGCAACAACAAGACGGACAGGUAUACCGGCUCCCCGAGAUCUGCCUACUCAAAUAGCAAGAGAUAGAAUAGCUUUGCGUGGUCAGACCACUACAACGAAGAAACCUGUUCCGAGCCCUUCGUCGCCCAGCACUUCUACACCUUCUCGGAAUAUCAGGCCACCUUCAAAACCUAAGCAGGAAAAUGACUCAAGCAACAAGUCUUUGUUGGAAUUGCAGGUUAAGGAGCUCUUGGCUGAAGCAAAGACAAAAGAUGUUGAAAUUAGCAAACUCCAGAGUGAGCUUCAGAAAUGUAAAAACCAGGGAUGUUCUAGUCCUGAGAUCCUGAACUUAUUGGACACAUCCAUAGACAUGCAUCUUAUAGAUUGUAAUGACCCAGAGGUAUUAUUAAAGGCUCUGCAGGACAAGAGCAAAGCUUUCCAACAGGAGCUAUUUAUGCUUCGGCAAGAAAACAAACACCUAAAGGAGAAACUGUAUUGCCUAGAGCAGUCACCGCUCUCCGAUACUAUAACUAGCAAUGGUACAGAUAGCAGCCUCAUGUCUCCAUCCAACCGAGGAACAAAUACCGGGAGUAAGUUGAUGAGUCCAUUGGCUGGUGGAUCUGAUAGUUGCCACUUACCAGGAGGUGAAAGUGGUUUCCACAUAUCAGGUUCUUCAAGCAGUGAUGUCACAAAAGCCUCACUUUCCCCGGAUUCAGAUUUUGAGCAUAUAGCUGAUGUCCCUUCUAGAGCAGAAUCAUCUGGAAGCAUUCCAUGCCAAGGUUCAAAAUGUUCAACUAGUGGUAGCUCUCCUAAUAACGUAAGUGACCUUUCCGUAGCCUCAUUGACUGAAAAGAUACAUAAGAUGGAAGAAAACCAGCACAGUACUGCAGAAGAACUUCAGGCGACGCUACAAGAGCUCUCUGAUCAGAACCUCAUGGUGCAGGAACUGACUUUUGAAAGCGAGAAACUUGUUGAAGAGAAAGCUUUUUUGGAAAGUUCCUUACAGCAGCAAAGGCAGAGGGCAGAGCAGCUCAGUCAGGAAAAUGAGAAAUUGAUGGGACUUCUGCAAGAAAAGGCAAAGACGGAGGAAACUCAUCUCCAGAGCAAGUUAGCAGAGGUUGAGAAGAAAUAUGCAGAACUUGUUGAAAAAUCUCAGUUUGAAAGGGAAAAGCUGCUCAAUAUCCAGCAGCAAUUAACAAGCAGCCUGAGAAGCCUUGAGAAAGAACAUCAGGAGGUGCAGGUGAUGACCAAAAGACAAAAAGAGGAAACUACCAAACUGCAAAGUCUCCUAGACGCUGAGAGAAAGGAGAAGAUCCUCAUUGCAAAGACCUUAGAGGACCAAAAAGUCACAAUUGAAGGUUUGAAAAUUGAAAGCAACUGUGUGAAAGCGCAACUGGAUGGUGAGCGGCAGAAAGCAGCUGAAAUUACAGCGGUGGGUAUCAGCCCCGAGAACUGUGAGGUUCAGGAGAUGCUGAAAUCUACUCACAUGGAGAAAGAAAACCUAGAGCUGACGUGUUCAGAACUUCGACAAGAACUCUUGAAGGCCAACAGUGAAGUAAAACAACUACAGUGUCUGCUGGCUAAGGUGGAAACAGAAUGCCAUGACCUGAAAGAGCUGGGAGACCAGAGGGAAGAACAGUUGAAAUCUGCAAACAUGAGGCUUCAGGAGAAGGGCUGUGAGAGGGAGCUGGAGAUCAAGGACAUGAAGGACACCAUCUUUGAGCUGGAAGACCAGGUGGAGCAACAUCGUGCUGUCAAAUUACAUAACAACCAACUCAUCAGUGACCUGGAAAACAAAAUUGACAAACUGGAGGAACAAAAACAAGAUCUGGAAAGACAAAUGAAGCUCCUAACAAAACAGAUGAAGGAGGAUGCUGAGGAGUGGAAGCGCUUCCAGGCAGACCUGCAGACCGCAGUGGUGGUGGCAAAUGACAUCAAGUGUGAAGCCCAGCAGGAGCUGAGGGCUGUGAAACGGAGGUUGCAAGAGGAGGAAGAAAAAAGUACUCGUCUUCAUCGGGAACUGGAAGACAUGCAGGGGGGCAGGGGGAAAAAGAUGCUCACUGUUGGACAUCUCCUUAGAGCUGGCAGAAUAAAUUCCGAUACAAGCAACAUGAAUCAGAGUUAUGCUGCCUGUGCCAGCUAGCAGCUGGAUGAAGCUGACGUGGGCAAUCCAGGAAGCAGCGGACUUUAGUCAGAGCCAAUUCUCAGAGAGCCAUAUUUUCAGAGUUUUAUUCUGUUUUAUUAUGUUUAGGAGGAGAACAAGAAAACAUACACAGCAGAGGUUAGCCUGUGAAAAUACUAUACUGUAUUUAUUUCUCCCAUGAGAUCACAUUGCAUUUCUGGAAGUACAGUACUUCUAUGAUAUUGAUGUAUUCUGUUAACCAAAUAGAUAUUGACAGUUGUGCUUUUAUAUGUAACAUUAUCAUUCUUUUACAAAAAACCUUCUGAACGUUUUACAAAUGGGAUCUAUAUAUACAGUAUACUAGAGUGGUUUUUUUCAUGUCCAUGUAUAAUAGUAUUUAUUGUUAUUAUAAUUUUUAUAUUGGAAAUAUAUGUAUCAUGGCACAUGAAAAGACAUUUAAACACACAGGUUGUAGACAUUCUCAUCUAUCAACUCUGAAUGCUGUACUUUAUGAUUUAGCCACUAGAUGUCAGUGUAUCAUUUUUAAAAGGCCACUGAAUGUUUGCUGUGACUUGUGCACUAAGCAUACUGUAUUUAAGUGUAUUCAUCAUAUUUUGGAAUAUUUAUAUAGUUGCAUUUGAAAAUAAAAAUAGUUUCAUUUACAGCUGUCACUGUUGUAAUGUUUUUGCAUUGCUUUAAUAACUGUUAUGCCUCAAAUUAAUAUUCCUCUGUAAUUAGAAUCUCAUUAAGGGGUGAAAACUUUUUUUUCUUACAGAAUUCACCACAUAUACUGUACACUGUGUACAUCUGAAUGAAUAUAUUACCUUGCUUACUGCAGUAUAGUAUUUAUUUAGUGUAUUUACCCCAUUACAGAUCAGCAUUUUGAGCAAAAUGACUGCGGACCUACUGAGAGGUCAAACUCUGUUCCCAAUCAUGUCAAAUAGGAAAAUUUAUUGUUGACUGUAUUUGUAAGUUUAUUUUCAUAAAUUCCAUGUACACUCCAUUGUAUAUAUUUGGCCAUGUAUAUUACAAUAUUUGGCCUUGUAUAUUACAAUCAGUGUGCUCACACACUACAAACACCCAAAAGCUACAAGUUGAAGGAACAUAAACUAUGGUGUAGUCAAUUGUGGAGUAGCUGUGGUCACCUUGCAUCGGGCGCGGUUGCUCUCUUUGCUCGCCACGGGUUCUAUUCCCACUCAGUUGGUGGCGUGGACUCACCAACCGAGUGGGAAUACAGAGGGUUUGUUGGGAUUCUGGGCGUUGGUUUUUCAGCGGCUGUCGGUAUUCCAACGUCGGUCUUCCAAACGCCGGGAUCCCGACAGCUGAUAUAUUGACUGCUCCCAUUUAAUGUGCUUGCUCAGCUACUGAAGUUAUAGUAAUCAUUUACCAUCUCCUAUGGCAGAAGUAGACAACAUGUGGCACGCCAGCUGAUGUGGAACUAUACAUCCCAGCAUGCACUGUCACAGUUUUAGCAUGCCCUAACAGCAAAACUGUGGCAGUACAUGUUGGGAUGUGUAGUUCCAUAGCAGCUGGAGUGCUACAGGUUGGCUUUCCCUGUCCAGUGGAACACUUUUGAGUUCUUUUUUUUCUAUUAGCCAUAAACAUAUAGUAGAAAACGAAUUAACAUGUGAUUUAUGCAUGCAGCAAACCUCAUGCCCACAGUAUUUUCCAAUAAACAAGAAUAACAGUUUCUCAAUGAGAAUAUAUAUUGCAUAUAGAAUAAGUUUAAGCGCGGAGUCUGAGUAUGGGUUUGAAAAAAAGCCUGUAUACCUGCCACUGGGGGCAGGGGGUCAUGUCACAGGCACCACCAUGAGAAAGGUGGGUGGUAAGAAGGGGAAAAAAGGAUUUUCCACACCUUUUAUUCGGUAGUAGAAUUAAGGAGAGGGAGAAUUUAGCAUACAGGUAUUGUUUAUUGCAGUUUUAUUUUCUAAAUAACAACAAAAAAGCCUUCUACUAAACUCUACAGGCAAUCAGCAUGACUUUUCACUGCAGAUUUAUUUUAGGGAUUGCUACCAAUAUGUAAGAAAGAUAAAAUUAUACACAGGGCGGGGAUGGCAAACCAGUACAAUAUUGUAGGAUUACCAGAGAAUGCAGUGAAUGGGGUACGAGCCUUUUAAAGCUUAGUGGAGUUCACCUGUGACAGAGCUGCAGCUGCUGUCCAUUCAAAACCAGAUCCUUGAAUUUAACUGUGAAUAUAAGCCCCAAGGUAGUCUUACAGUUCUUAUGUGCAUUGCUGGCAGCCAUUCUGCCUAUAAACCAGUCUUGCUACAUUGAGUAAAGUGGGCGGCAGAAUGUAGAUGGGUAGAAGUGUACACUGUCUCCAUAAAUGACCUUAAAACGUCUUCUACCUAUUUCUGAAACUGUGUAUAGUUUACUGUUAAAACAUCAGAUAAUAUGGGAAAUGUGUAUCCUUAGUAAAUCAUCUUAUAUACUGUAGCUAUUAUUUUGGAAAGUGUUGGGGCAUGUACUAGGGAAAAAUAAGGAAAUAUGGUGCAAAGGAAAAAGCCACUGAUCAUUCAUAUGUUGGCUUUCAGUUCUUAAACCCCAUUGGGAAAAGGACAGAAUCUGAUUGGCUUAUAUGGGUGACACCACCUUUUUACUUUACACCAGUUUCAUAUGUGAAUUCUAACUGAAAUUAAUGUAUUUUUAUGAAUUGAUUGGAAAGUUCCAAAACAUGAUUGUACAUUGCUAACAUAAUUGUUUCUUUGUCAGCCAUGGAUAAUUUAUGUUCUGCAAA